AUGUCGACAAACUUCCGAGACCGCGCCAUCGCCGAGGUGCAAAAGGCCAUCGCGGCCGACCACAACAAGGAAUAUCAAAAGGCCUUUGACCUGUACAUGUCUUCAAUGGAGCUGUGGGUCAAGGCGCUCAAAUGGGAAAAGAACAAGGCCCUCAAGGCGACGAUGCAGGAAAAGAUGGCGACGUACCUCGACCGCGCCGAGAAGCUCAAGCAGUUUCUGCAGGCCGAGGCCGACAGCAACUCCAACGGCGGCAAGGGCCUCAUGGGUGCCAACGGCUCCAGUGCGGGCGGCAAAAGCAAAGGCACGAGUGACGACGACGACAACAAGAAGCUGAGAAACGCGCUGUCGGGCGCAAUUCUGCAGGAGAGGCCGAACGUGCGGUGGGAGGACAUUGCUGGUCUCGAGGCGGCCAAGGAAACACUCAAGGAGGCUGUCGUGCUCCCUAUCAAAUUCCCCAGCCUUUUUCAGGGCAAGCGACAAGCAUGGAAGGGCAUCCUGCUCUACGGACCCCCCGGUACCGGCAAAAGUUACCUGGCAAAGGCUGUCGCGACCGAGGCAAACAGCACCUUUUUCAGUAUCAGCAGUUCAGAUCUGGUCAGCAAGUGGAUGGGUGAAAGUGAAAGACUCGUCAAACUUUUAUUCUCGAUGGCUCGAGAAAACAAGCCCUCGGUCAUCUUUAUUGACGAAAUCGACGCGCUCUGCGGACCGCGCGGAGAGGGCGAGUCGGAAGCCUCGCGACGCAUCAAGACCGAGAUCUUAGUACAGAUGGACGGCGUCGGUAACGACAGCAAGGGCAUCCUCGUACUUGGCGCGACCAACAUUCCCUGGCAGCUCGACGCCGCCAUCCGCCGCCGCUUCCAGCGCCGCGUGCACAUUGGCCUUCCCGACGCCAACGGGCGCGCGCGCAUGUUUAAGCUCGCCAUUGGCGACACCGACACGGCACUGCAGGCCGGCGACUACAAUCUCCUCGCCUCCAAGUCGGAUGGCUUCUCCGGCAGUGACAUAUCCAAUGUUGUCCAGCACGCCCUGAUGCGACCCGUCCGCAAAAUUCUGCAAGCCACACAUUUCAAAGCGGUCAUGAAAGACGGCAACCGCAUGCUGACGCCGUGCUCGCCAGGCGACCCUGAUAGGAUUGAAAUGACGUACGACGACGUCAAGUCGGACGAGCUGCUCGCUCCGGACGUGGCCGUGCAAGACUUUGAGGUGGCCCUCGAAGACUCGCACCCGACCGUGUCGAAAGAUGACGUUGAAAAGCAAGUUGACUGGACCAACGAGUUCGGCAGCGAAGGUGCCUAA